AUGCAGCAGGCAGUAGGCUCCAGGCAGCAGGCAGUAGGCUCCAUGCAGCAGGCAGUAGGCUCCAGGCAGCAGGCAGUAGGCUCCAGGCAGCAGGCAGUAGGCUCCAUGCAGCAGGCAGUAGGCUCCAGGCAGCAGGCAGUAGGCUCCAGGCAGCAGGCUCCAGAGGAUGACUACAGGCCUUCCAAGGAGGACGACUGCAGGCCUUCCAAGGAGGACGACUGCAGGCCUCCCAAGGAGGACGACUGCAGGCCUCCCAAGGAGGACGACUGCAGGCCUCCCAAGGAGGACGACUGCAGGCCUCCCAAGGAGGUCGACUGCAGGCCUCCCAAGGAGGACGACUGCAGGCCUCCCAAGGAGGACGACUGCAGGCCUCCCAAGGAGGACGACUGUAGGCCUUCCAAGGUGUAA